AUGGAGUUCAUAACAGUUGUGUUUCAUCUUCUGCUUCACACUGUUGGGUUGUGCAGUGGAGGUUCCACAAGUCAAUAUGUGAGGAAAGCUGAACCCGCCAUUGACAUCCCACUUGAGCUCUUCCCUCAACCUUCUGGCUAUAAUGCCCCCGAGCAGGUUCACAUAACGCAAGGAGAUCUUGUAGGUCGGGGUGUGAUCAUAUCAUGGGUGACGCCAGUAGAGAGACACCCCAAUGUAGUGACCUAUUGGGAAGAUGGCAAACAAGAUGAAAAGCACAAGACUCAUUCUAUAACCACUUCUUACAGAUACUACAAUUAUUCCUCUGGCUAUAUUCACCAUGCCACCAUAAAAAAAUUAAAUUACGACACAUUGUACUUUUAUGAACUUGGAAAACAGAACGUAACCCGUCGAUUCUCCUUCACAACUCCUCCCAAAGUAGGACCUGACGUUCCCUAUACAUUUGGCAUUAUGGGUGACUUGGGGCAAACAUAUGCCUCAAAACAGACUCUGGACCAUUAUGUAUCAAACCCAAAGGGUCAAGCUGUGUUGAUGGUUGGUGAUCUUUCAUAUGCAGAUCAUUACCCUUUUCAUGAUAACAGGAGGUGGGAUUCAUGGGGCCGAUUUAUCGAGAAGAGUGCUGCAUAUCAGCCAUGGAUCUGGACUGCUGGCAACCAUGAGCUUGACUUUGCCCCUGAGAUUGAAGAAUAUACUCCUUUCAAGCCAUAUAUGCAUAGGUACCAUGUACCCUACAGGGCAUCCCAGAGUACAUCCCCUCUUUGGUAUUCUAUUAAGCGUGCAUCGGCAUAUAUCAUUGUGUUAUCUUCUUACUCUGCCUAUGGUAAAUAUACUCCACAAUACAAAUGGCUUAAGCAAGAGCUCCCCAAGGUUAACAGGGCCGAGACACCAUGGCUAAUUGUUCUCGUUCACUCUCCGUGGUAUAAUAGUAACAACUACCAUUUUAUGGAAGGAGAAAGCAUGAGGGUAAUGUAUGAGCCAUGGUUGGUUCAGAACAAAGUUGAUCUGGUAUUAGCAGGCCAUGUUCAUUCCUACGAGCGUUCCGAACGAAUAUCGAAUGUGCAGUACAACAUAACAGAUGGACUAAGCACUCCUAUUAAGGAUGCUUCUGCUCCAGUUUACAUAACAAUUGGCGACGGGGGAAAUAUAGAAGGCAUGGCUGAUAGUUUUAUAGACCCACAACCAAGUUACUCGGCCUACCGCGAAGCAAGCUUCGGGCAUGCCACUCUGGAGAUUAAGAACAGAACUCAUGCCUAUUAUACUUGGCACCGUAACCAGGACAGUGAUGUUGUUGCUGCAGAUUCAAUCUGGUUCUAUAACAGAUACUGGUAUCCAAAUGAAGAGAGCAGCUAG